AUGUCGGGCUUAGACGUCGAAGCCCUCUUGGAGGCUACCGCGCAAGGUUCAGCACAACAAAACUCCAAUACCCUGAAUGAUGACUCUUCUAGAAGCGACAAAAAUGGUCGUCCCCAAAAUGGAACUGAUGACAGCCGCGACCGCGACCGGGACGCUGGCCAAGAUCGCCGCCGACGCGAUCGCCGGGACACUUCUCCAAGACACCGUAAGGGCACUCCAGGCGAGACUACCCCCCGGAGUGAUACUGGAAGCCACCGCAGUAGACGCCGCAGUGAAAGCCGGGAUAGAGACCGGUUCAACUCACGCCGACACAGGGACGGUGAUUACUAUCGUGGACGACGAGGCCGCUCCCGCUCCCGCUCAAGAUCCCCUCGCCGGCGUUAUCGUCCCCGAGAUGACAGAGAUCGCAAAGACCGUCGCGACCGCUCCAACCGCAGGGACCAGGGUCGCGCAAGAGAUCGAUCUUCCGGCAGACGAUCUCGUUCACCGCAGUUGAAUGAAGACGAACGCGACAGCCGUACCGUUUUCGUGCAGCAGCUUGCUGCUCGUUUGCGAAGUGACAAGUUGAAGAGGUUCUUUGAAGAGAAUGCCGGCCCGGUAAACGAGGCCCAGAUUGUCAAGGACCGCAUCAGUGGAAGAUCCAAGGGAGUUGGUUAUGUUGAAUUCAAAGACGAAGAAACGGUUCAAAAGGCACUUCAGCUCACUGGAAAGCCAUUGGCAGGUAUUCCUAUUAUUGUCAAGCUCACAGAAGCUGAGAAGAAUCGACAAGCUCGCAAUACCGAGUCGACGAGUGGAAAUCCGAACUCUGUCCCUUUCCACCGCCUUUAUGUUGGUAAUAUCCACUUCAACGUCACGGAACAAGACCUACAAGCCGUCUUUGAGCCAUUUGGUGAGCUGGAGUAUGUCCAACUCCAGAAGGACGAUAAUGGCCGCAGCCGCGGAUACGGAUUUGUUCAGUUCCGUGAUGCAACCCAGGCCCGAGAAGCUUUGGAGAAGAUGAACGGCUUUGAUCUUGCAGGCCGACCCAUCCGAGUCGGCCUGGGCAACGAUAAGUUUACCCCUGAGAGCACGGCCAACUUGAUGCAUAGGUUUUCAGGACAGAACAAUUUCCAAGGCUCCGCCUUCUCUGGAGCCGGCGGCCGCGGUGGCCAGGCUUCUACGUUUGAUAGAGCCGGGGGACGAGACAGCGACAAGGCCGGCGGCGCAAGCGCCCUCGAUGACACAGAUGUCGCAGGAGUAAACUUCAAUAAUUACAGUCGCGAUGCAUUGAUGAGAAAACUUGCCAGGACCGACGAAGCCUCUAAUGGAAGAGAAGACCAGGUCGUUGUGAAGCCCAAGACCGAAGCGAAGCCGCUUCCUGUCAACGUCAACAUGGCUAGUCGCUGUGUUGUCCUGCACAAUAUGUUUGACCCCGAAGAGGAAGAGGGCGACGACUGGGUCAAGGAACUCGAAGACGACAUUCGAGCGGAAGCUGAGAGGCAAUAUGGACAUGUUGUUCAUAUUGCCGUCGAUCCGAACUCCAAGGGUGACGUCUAUCUCAAGUUCGACAAAGUCCAAGGCGGUGAAAAUGCCAUCAAGGGCUUGAACGGAAGAUACUUUGGCGGCAGGAUGAUUAAUGCAUCUCCCGUUGUGGAUGCUGUCUACAGCAGUCUCUUCUCUCGCACCAGAGCCAUAUAA